CCGGGUGUGUUUCAAUUAUGGAAUAAUGGACAAUUUUUACUCAGGGAAUUGAUUUAAUUGAUAAAAUAUUUCGGUCGUACUUGGAAGAGACACCUUUCACCGUCCGUUUUGGAGUCGCUUGCGACUCAAUAAUUAUCGAGGUGGCGUGGGGCACUGCUGUGAUGGAGUUGCAGAGUUGGUUACUCUAUCAUCUGGUAGCUGUUACCGACUGCAACCAAGUGAUGCAGUCGGCAGCUACGGGGGGUGGACUAUACCCAGCAAGUGGUGCAAGUAGUAGAGCUCGAGAUUUAGGUCUCAGGGCGCAGAAAAAAUUGCUCGGACGUGUUGUUUCCACCGGAGCUGGAAGAUCACUGUUCAUCGAUGAUGCAACAACAUCACUACUUGAUAAUUUGUUCAAACUCAUGGAGAGAGUCGCCAAGAGCCAUGCGGAUAUGGACAAGAAGCAGCCGGAGAAAGUCCUCAAGAAUAUCGUCAAAUUGUCAAUUAAGAUAGGAUUAUUACAGCGUAAUCAACAAUUGGGUCCAUCCGACGAGGCGAAAAUCAAUGAGAUAAGAACGAGCCUGAGAGCGACAGCAAUGGCAGUUGUCUCCUUCCACGAGCUGGAAUUUAGUUUUGAUCGUUUGUACUUAACGAGAUCCCUGGAGCGCUGCAGGACAGCCAUAAUAUCCCUAAUUAAACCCCAUCUCACCGACAAAUCGCAGGACCGGUGUGAUAUGAUCUUUGAUUUUCUCACCAAUCCAGAUUUUCUGGACGCCGUGUUUAGACAGGACUCUGAACACCGUCAAAAUCUUGGUUUGCUGGUUGCAGACGUGAAUAAAGCACUUGAUGCUGGGCAUCUUUGAUUUAAUCGAUUGGAAGAAAAGGGAGCCAUUAGUUUGAUGGAAUGAGAGGAUUAGUCAAUACCAUGACCAAUAGAACUAGAAAUUUUUACCAAAACACUUGGAAAUUUCGCAACGAUGUUGCCAUUGGAAAAAUCACAAGAAACAUUUUUGAUUAAAAAAGUGUUCUACGAAAAGUACCAAAUUAGUUUAAUGACUGGGUCAAUUCGAAAACUGGUCAGUUGACCCCAACAUUCAGACAAAUCAUACUUGAAAUAUGAUGUUUAUCGAUUCAGUUGAUUAGCACGAGUGCUAGAACCUUAAGGUAUGGACGAAAACAAUUUUCCUCAGCUUGUAUGAGGGAAACUUUGGAAUAAUGAAUGAUGAACAAUGAAAACGAUUUAUUUUCAUCAGUUUAUAUGAAUCCGCAAAUUCUGUUGAAUUUCCUCUGAUGCGCCGUCAUUCCUCGAUAUCAAAUUAGAUUGAUUAGUGAAGGAAUAGAAACAAAGUGACUCAUCUCCUCAUUCCAUAAUGUCAAAUUCAUAGAAUUUAUUUUUCCUCACCGCAAACCACUUCGCACGAUAACAAUAAAAAGAGAAAUAGACGAGUGAGCCUUAUGCCCUCACUAUUCAGUAGCCGCUCGAUUUCACAUCCAUUGUCUUUGACCCAGUCGCAGUCUCGAGUCGCGCACACGCAUAUGUCAUAAGUUUAUCUCAUUGUAAUGACAAGAGAUAGAGGAGUCAUCAUUGCAUGAGAGAGAGAGAGGGAUGAAAACAUUUAUGAUAUGUUAGUUUUUGUGGUGUGAACAGAAGCUGAUGUGCGUUGAAAAUCGAUUGUAUUUCGAUUGAUUGCAAAUCCAGGAGCCAGAGGGACUUUCGAUUUUGUAUAAUAUUUGUUUAUAUGUAUUAUAGCCUAGAUUAGUUUUUCCAGACGUUUAUUUAUAUUUUAUUUGCCUUACUUUAUUAUGGUAUCACUAACGGGUGUUUUCGACAUUGAAAUUCUCCAAGGAAAGAGGCGACGAGAUGAAAAGUAUGUUUAAUGCCCAAAUAUCGCUAUUUCUGGCACAUUUUGUAAAUUGUCAAGCGGAAUUACUAUUUAAUAUUUUUGGACGAAACUCACUGCUCUUAUGAUGCAUCUGUAUUUCUUUGCGAUAGGAUUUGAAGUGGUAGAAUCCUUUAAAUGCAAAUUUGCUCGCUUCCAUGUCUUCAAAACUACUUUAAGCAGCAGGAAAAAAUAAUUUGAAAUCAAAAUUACAAAAUAAUCAUCAGUUACCCCCCAAAUAUCCAGUCGACUGAGCCCUAUCUCGUUUAUUUAGUAAAUAUCGGUCAGUAAAAGAUAAUUGGUGACACGAAGUUGAAUGCAAUGACACUCAUCGAUAGAAGUGUUGAAGAAUGUUAAUGUCAAAUAACAAAUUGAAGUCUAGCGUCUUCUUAGCUGACUAGAAAUGUUUCAACUAUUUUUUCAUGGAGAGUUGAAUGACAGUUGACAUCGUCCAGAAACUGACCUGUAAACCCAUAUUAAUUUUCAUCCAAAUAUUACUUUAGUCAGGAUUUUUUUAAUAACUUUCCCAAUGAAUUUCAAUUACUACAAAGGAAAGGUGGAUUGAUGCUCCAUUAAAUCAAUCGAAAAAACCAAAAACAUACGUGAAUGCUGUAUCACCAAUGAGCUUAUCAAAGAGAACUAAUAACUGAAGUGGCUCAAAUUACGUGUUUAAUUUUUUAAAAUAGGAAUUCAAUGUUUGUAAUUGGACAAAAUUGCAAUGUUUGAAUGUGCUCGACAUAUCCCCAUCUUUCUCCGACCAAAGAUUGAUGGACACAUUUCGUUCGUUGUUAGUAAAAUUCAAGAUCAAAACGAUAACCAAUAAAUAGAUGAAGAAUUUUGAAUAAUCAAUUUAAUUUGUGAUUUUGUAGACGUAUUCGUUUUUGAAGAAAUUAUACACGACCUUUACACAGUGAUUCGAUGCAUUACUAUUAAGAAUUGUAUAUUUAUGUGAUGUAUUACCAUAUCGUUUUACCACGAAUAAAUUAUUUGUAAAGAAAAAUCA